AUCAUUCAAAUGAAACGAUGAAUCAACACUUCUCCUAACAAGUGACCGGAAGAUCAUUCAACCAAUGAGUACAAUCAUAGAUUCAUAAUUCAUCUGCCAAACACACGUGCUUCCAAUUCCUCGUGGCAAAAACAUAUUUGUUUUUAAAAUUUUCGGGCCAAAAAACGAUUGGAUUCAGCAACAAUUAGAUGAAACGGGAGAAAACGAAACAACAGUUAAGGAUAAAAGGAGGCGGAAUUCAAAUCGUUACAUUAAACUAAACAGUAAAAGCCAGUUUCACGUCCGCGCUCCCAAACUCAUACUCCCUUUCUCUCUCUUCGAAUCCAAUUGAUUUGCGUACUUCUAAAACCCUAACCAUCAAUAAUGCAACCCCAAACGGUGCCGCUUUGUUUUGUGUGGGGUUUGAGCUCAAUUUGAUUUCAUACAAUUUUUGUAAUUAGGGUUGAGUUCACUCUAUUCUAUUCGGUUCUUCAAGUUCCAGUUUGCGAGCUGGCUAUGGACUACGAGCCCUACGAUAGCAGUGGAACUGAUGAUGAUCUUCCUCCAUCACAACAAAAUAGGAUUCCUAGAGGUAUUGGUCGCAUUACUGGAAAUGGAAGAUCUGCUGUCAUUGGUUCUGUUCCCUACCAGAGGAUGUACGGUGAAACAGAUAUGGAGGCCCAAAUUCACCAACUUGAGCAAGAAGCAUACAGUUCGGUUCUAAGAGCCUUUAAAGCUCAAGCUGAUGCCAUUACAUGGGAGAAAGAAAGCUUGAUAACUGAGUUAAGAAAAGAGUUACGGCUAUCCAAUGAAGAACAUAGAGAACUUCUUGCUAGAGUUAAUAAUGAUGAUGUCAUAAGAAGAAUAAGGGAGUGGAGACAAUCUGGUGGGCAUCAACCUGGUAUGCUUUGUGCUGGUCAAUCUGUUCAUGAUCCAAUACCUAGCCCUUCUGUCUCAGCGUCACGGAAGAAACAGAAGAUAGCCCAGUCUUUACCUUCUCAUUCCUUUGCGGGACCAUCUCCUACUUUUCAUCCACCUCCAACAACUGCUGCAAACCAGCCAUCUUCAUCUGCUGCCAAGCGAGGACCUAUGGCAGGGCCGAAGGGGAAAAAGCAUAAAUCUGGCGAGAUGAUGCCUGGUGCAUCUUCGAUGAAAAUGCAGUACCCGACUUCUGGUCCUUCUGGAAGAACCCAAUUUGGUAAUCGGGUUUCUAAACCUGCUGAAGCAACAUCAUUUGAUACAUUGAUUGGAAGGAAAGUGAGAACUAGAUGGCCUGAUGACAAUAAUUUUUAUGAAGCGCAAAUAACUGAUUUUAAUCGAGCUGAGGGUAGACAUGCUCUUGUUUAUGACAUGGGUACUGCAAAUGAGACAUGGGAAUGGGUCAACCUUGCUGAGAUUUCUCCUGAGGAUAUUCAGUGGGAGGGUGAAGACCCUGGAAUUUCUCAUUAUGGAAAUUAUGGUGGACCAUGUCAUGCCAUGGCUAGACCUGCUGGAUGUGCUAGUACUCCAGGUGCAGGGAGAGGUAGGGGCUUGACUAAAGCUCAGUCCAGAAAAGAUUUUCCGCUAUCACAGAAUGGCAUGGGAAAGAAGGGAUCUGAUGAUAUUCAGUUACUUCAUACUGAUACAUUAAUCAAAGAGGUGGAGAGGAUCUUUGGUGCUGGCCAUCCAGAUCCUCUGGAGGUUGAGAAGGCAAAGAAAAUGCUGAAGGAGCAUGAACAUGCACUUCUAGAUGCCAUUUCAAGGCUUGGAGACUUAUCUGAUGGUGAAAGUGGGGUUUUACCCUACAGAAUGUGUUCCACCAUCAGUAUUGUUGUCGAUGAACACCAUUUCAUGCAUGGGCAAGCCAUGGAUCGGGAGUAAUAAGGAUAUCGUGGGGAUUGAGCCACCUAAAAUAACAGCCACAAUGGAGAAGGCAAGAUGUGUACUAGAUCUUUGCCAGUGUUGGUGCUCCAGAAUGAUUUUAGGUUUGUUGUAUAAUGCCAGCUUCAAGAAGCGCUUGGCUGACAUUAAAGUCUAGUUCUUCGAAUAGAUGCCAAAUUGUAGUUAGGAAUGAUUGUUUCCAAUAGUUACAGGUUAGUGCUCUUGUAAAAUUAAUCACAGUAGCAAUUUUACAGGUGAUGAUGUAAACAAGUUUUGUUGGCACUUAGCACGUGACUUAUGACA